CGGAAGUCAGCUUUGCGCAUGUGCAGAAACAUUCCAGGUACUCAGCAGCGGAGACGAAAACACCCAAUAAAUAUCCUCUCUUUAGUGGCAGAAACCUCACGUGUCAACAGAUCCAAAGAGAUCGUGUGUCUAAGCUGCAGUCAUGGUGUGCAUCCCCUGUAUUGUGAUUCCUGUCCUGUUGUGGGUCUACAAGAGGUUCCUGGAGCCUUACAUCUAUCCUUUCAUUUCACCGAUUAUCAAUAUAUUCUGGACCAAAAAAGCGGUCCCGGAGACUGCGGCUAGUGACCAAAAAAUUAGCGACAAAAAGAAUGGAACUUUCACGCCUGAAAGCAACGGGGAGGCAGCUGCCAAUGGAUCCACUAUAGUAGCAGACAAGAAGACCGAUUGACAGCUCUAAAUUAUUAUAACUCAUUUAAAACUGUGUAAAUAUUCCAGUUGUAUAACCUAGAGAAACUAUGAAUUAACUUAUAAUAAUUGAUUGAAUCAAGUGGUUUUUAAGACCCUUCUAUAUUAUCGUAUCUUGUUUUUAAAAAAAUUGAAUUUGUAUAACAGUGACUUUAAGAAAUGUUUUAUUGUUGAUAUAUGCAUUUACUCUCAAGAGAUUAGUUUUUCUAAGACAAACUUAGUUUAAUGAAUAAAUAAAUCAAAGAAAACCUUCAAAUAUUUUGUUUGUUAUUUUGGAGGCGGUAGGGAGAGAUGGAGACCCUACCAUUUAAAUUUCCUGCCAUAUAUUUCCUGGAAUUAUCUACAUGAGGCACAUGAGGUGAUUGUCUGACCAAAACCACUCAAAUGUAAAACAUAGAGAAAUGUAUUUAUAAUGUGAGUUUGAAGUGUUUUAUUUAGUGAUGUAAAUUAUGAAAUGGCAGCCAGUAAACUCACCUCCAACUUUG